UUUCUAUAAAUAUUGUCGUAAUAUAGUCCCAGACACGGGAAACAGUGAAAAAUCGCUCAAGAAAAUUUGAAUCGAUUGUCUUGCCCGCACCGGACUUCCGGCGACUCCAACACACGUUGUCUCUAGCCCGAGGGAAUAGAGAUCGACGCAGCGUUUCUUUCUUUUCUGAACAGGCGCAGUCCGAGAGAACUCGCAAAAGGAGUAAAAGGCUCCUACAUAACCUGUCACUACCAAUAUAUUGUAUGAGUCAGAAGGUAGAAAAACCAGUAUUAUCGGGUCAACGGAUCAAGACCAGAAAAAGAGAUGAGAAAGAGAAAUAUGACCCGAACGGGUUCCGCGACGCGCUCGUGCAGGGGCUCGAGCGCGCCGGCGGCGACCUGGACGCGGCGUACAAGUUCCUAGACGCCGCCGGCUCCAAGCUGGACUACCGACGCUAUGGAGAGGUCAUCUUCGACGUGCUCAUCGCCGGGGGCCUCCUGUUGCCCGGCGGUUCCGUGUCAAUGGAUGGGGAGUCCCCUAAGACUAACACCUGCAUAUUCGCCGCCAGUGAAGAUAUGGAGACGAUGCGCAACUUUGAACAGGUAUUUGUGAAGCUGAUGCGCCGAUACAAAUACCUGGAGAAGAUGUUCGAAGAAGAAAUGAAGAAGGUGCUCGUAUAUCUGAAAGGUUUCGAGCCGCAGCAGCGCAUCAAGCUAGCUCGAAUGACUGCCCUAUGGAUCGGUAACGGCUGCGUGCCGCCGGGCGUGCUGCUGGUGCUGGUGAACGAGCACUUGCUGAAGGACAACUUGGCUCUGGACUUCGUGCUGGAGGUAUUCGCCACCGUCAAGGCCGAGCGCGGCGUGGCCUCGCUCGUCACCGCGCUCAAGAAGGGCCAGCUAGAGGGCAGGCUGCUGGAGUUCCUGCCUUUGAACCGUCGCAGCGAGGACGUGCUGGCGGCGUCCUUCGAGUCGCGCGGCCUGGCCGAGCUGCUGCGCCUGCAUCGUGCGCAGGCCUCGCAGGAGGCGCGGCGGGAGCUGACGCAGGCGCUGCUGGACGAGCUGGCGGACGAGAAACCGGUGCGCGACCUUAUCCAGGAACUGCGCGACAUGGCGCUCAAGCACCACAUACCCGAGCACGAGGUCGUCGCCAUCAUCUGGCAGUGCGUGAUGUCGCGAGGCGAGUGGAAUAAGAAGGAGGAAUUGUUGGCGGAGCAGGCAGCGAAGCACCUGCGUCACUACACGCCGCUGCUGGCUGCGUUUGCGCAGAACGCUAAGGCUGAGAUCGCGCUGCUCUCUAAGGUGCAAGAGUACUGCUACGAGAACAUGUCAUUCAUGCGCGCCUUCAGCAAGCUGGUGCUGAUGCUGUACAAGACCAACGUGCUGUCCGAGGAGGUGAUCCUCAAGUGGUACCGCGACCCCAACUCGUCCAAGGGCAAGAUGAUGUUCCUCGACCAGAUGAAGAAGUUCGUCGAGUGGCUGCAGAGCGCCGAGGAGGAAUCCGAGAGUGGAGAAGACGAAGAUUAGAAUAAGCGCAGCGAGUGAGACUGACUACACCGCGCCGACAACAGUCGCUCGCGUCCCUACACAUCCCACCAGAGGGGUACCGCCCGCCUCAGCCGCGUCAGAACUAUCCCACUACCCGCGAGAGAGUUACUGUACACAUAAGCGAGCUAGAAUCGGCUCCAGUAUUUAUUAACGACAAAGCCGACCCGGAAAUGUUACACUUUUUCGGCUCCAGCGGCUCGUAAAAGCCGAACGGUGUUUUCAACAUGAUAAUAUUAGAUUUAAAUGUAAUACCGAUUAACGCCCGCUUAUGUGUGCAGUGAGUGAGACAGCAGUACCUCUGUGGCCUAACGAAUAUUCCCUAAACGUAAACUAACAUGUGCGUCAACUUAUCCUAGUAUAUUUAAUCAUAAAUAUGUUAUUUUUGAACGUCACCCGUAGUUGUGGAUUAGUCUUCGUUUGAGGAGUGCGUUUACGUUUUAGGAACGUUCUCUAGAUACAUUGUAAUAAAUAAUAAUAAUUAAUAAUAAUAUUGUUAUCUGCGUGCAAGAGAGCGACUCCCACGGGCGAUGUUUUCUACAACUGUAUAUUAUUCAUUUCUAAAAUAACAUGUUGAUGAAAUACAAUAUUUUUUAUUCAAUUUUUUUAGGAAAAUUCCAAUAAAUGGUGGUAACACGCAAA